AUGGAAUGCACCGUCUCCGGUAAUUCAAUAGACACUGCCUCGCCUGGGAUCGUCAAGCAGGAGCCAAUCGGCGAGGCUGACGAGCUAAGUGCCGCUCUAUUGGACACGCUGCGUAAUGUCCCGAACCCGAUGCCCAUCAGAGAACCCAGGGGCGACAAGAACCCUGUGAUAACUUUAGAAUCGUUCAAAAAAGAGCACCGUCAUGUGUGCGACCUGUGCGGUAAACGAUUUCGUAAGUCCGGUAAUUUACUUCAGCAUAAAGUAACACACGGUGAACAGCUAGACUGUGACUCUUGUUCCGAGCGGUUUUUCAAGCCCUGGGAUCUCAACAAACACCGGUUAGAAAAGCAUGGCAAAUCAAAACUUCCUGAGUGCGAAGAAUGUCACAAAACCUUCAUAGACCACUGGCGACUGUUACGCCACCUGCGCACGCAUGCAAAGGAAAAACAAUACAAAUGCGACGUUUGUGAAAAAACUUUCAGUGAAAGUGGCAACUUAGCAAAACACAUAAAGCAAGUUCACUCCAAAGAUCGACCGUACGGAUGUGACUUAUGCGAUAAAACCUAUCCUCAGAAAAAGGAUUUACUGAGACACAUGCUUGUUCACAAAGAAAAACGGUUCAAGUGUCAGGUGUGCGAUAUGAGCUUCGCCUAUCUUAAGGAAAAGCGAGCUCACUUCCGAGCCGAACACGCGGUUGAGCGCGUGGAAAAGACGUACGUGUGUGCGCUUUGCAAUGCCGUUUACCACUCCAAAGGAAAGCUCAGUAAUCACUGGCUGACGCAUGGCGAAAGAAGGUACGAUUGCAAUGUUUGUCCGAAAAAAUUCCACACUCACGCCCGCUUGCGCAAACACAUUCGCGCUCACAAGGUUGAGGAGCAUUCUAUGUGUGAAAUCUGCAGCAAAACUUUCUCGCAAGUUUGCAACCUCAAACGGCACGUCGAGCUAAUGCACAUGCGCGAUGGCAUCUACGCGUGCCUGCACUGUCCGCAACGGUUCGCACUGCCCGAAGAGCUGAAAGCUCACCGAGAAGUUCACCGGAAUGAAAAGGCGUACAAAUGCGCCUUCUGCGACAAAACCUUCUCGCAAACGCAAAGUCUAGCUAACCACACCAAGUGCCACCGCAGAGCGGAGCGUCAUUUGAAGGAAUUUAUUUCGAAGAAGCUUCGGAUGCGACGCAAAGUCAAGGUUAAGCAAACCGAUAGGGAGAACUCGCCUACCGCCCCACCUGAGAAUGAAGAGCAGAGCAAAAAAGAUCCGGUAGCUGCUUCGCAGCCCAAGAAACGAGGACGUCCGAGAAAAGUUGUAACUACAACCGAAACCGAAACAACGGAUUCCAAGAGUGAUGUACUGUUGAUUCCGUUGCAACGCAAAAAAAGGGGAAGACCUAAAAAGUCCACUAAGACGACAAUGCCACUUGUAAUAAUUCCUGUUUCGCAGCCGACAGUAUCGAUUAAGUCGGAACCGAUAGAAACCGAGGCGGAACUGCCAAAACCAAAAAUUAAGGUAGAAGAAACCGAUCUAAUAGAUAUUGGACCUACCCAAUUGCAGGAGGUUUGUUACGAAUGAAUGGCAUAUGGUUUGUGUCUUGCAUUUAAG